GUCUGCUCUGACAGAGAUGAGGAAAUCACCAUGCCAUGCUGUUGUGAGGCCAGGAAGUAGUGGGAAUUAUGAGUCAGAAUGGAGAAGAAAAGAAAAUUGUCAAUCUUCAAAUCCCUCUAUAUGUUCAUUAGAAGGCUCACAAGCUUAUUUUAAGGGCAAGACUAGCUCUCGCUUCAACUGGCAUCUUGAACCAUAUGAAAAGACCUUAUAUCUUUUUUUCGAUAAAUUAAUACUCGUACCUUUUAUAUUAUAUUUCGCAAACGUAUAAAUUCCAGGGAUUAGACUUAAUACUGAGUGAGAGCAAAGUGCAGCAGGACGCAUCCAAGGCGAGGUCUGUUCAUUGUAUUUUAGUUUACACACCUCCUUAUCUUAGCUGUCAGGAGGGAGGAUUCUUUUCUACUGUAACUUACCCAGAGCAAUAGAGAUAGUGGUAGGAAAGGAGGGGUCGGAGGAGUGAGAACAGAGAAUGACUGUGAGGGAGUGAGCGUGCUUAACCCAGCCACUGAGUGACUCUUGUAUCCAAGGACGAAGGUAGCAACGCAUCCAAACGCCACUCUUCGCCCACAGACUGCUGUGAAGAAACCGGGCCAUCACAUAGGCACUCAACAGAGAUUGUAUAGACUCAACAACCUAUCGACGCUUCUUCACAGGGCCCCUGGGGUUUGAACAGCCAGUCUGGAGUGUCAGAGGAGCAGACUGGAGAGGAGGUAGUAACAGGUGCUGUGUGCCAUAGUGGAUUUGGAAGUGUGGAGGAAAGCUGAAGAUCAUGGGUAAAUCAAACAGCAAGCUCAAGCCAGAGGUGGUGGAGGAGUUGACAAGGAAAACCUACUUUACAGAGAAAGAGGUGCAGCAAUGGUACAAAGGCUUCAUUAAAGACUGUCCCAGUGGGCAGCUGGAUGCCGUGGGCUUUCAGAAGAUAUACAAGCAGUUCUUUCCUUUUGGAGAUCCCACAAAGUUUGCCUCUUUUGUCUUCAACGUAUUUGACGAAAAUAAGGAUGGACGCAUCGAAUUCUCUGAGUUCAUCCAGGCACUCUCUGUGACCUCGCGGGGGACUCUGGAUGAGAAGUUGAGAUGGGCUUUUAAACUAUACGACCUUGAUAAUGAUGGCUACAUCACCCGAGAUGAGAUGUUGAACAUCGUAGAUGCCAUUUAUCAGAUGGUGGGGAACACUGUGGAGUUGCCAGAAGAGGAAAACACACCAGAAAAGCGAGUGGAUCGCAUUUUUGCAAUGAUGGACAAGAAUGCAGACGGAAAGCUGACUCUGCAGGAGUUUCAGGAGGGUUCAAAGGCAGACCCCUCUAUUGUUCAGGCUUUAUCACUCUAUGAUGGACUCGUGUAGGAAUGAAAGAUGGAUCCAACUAAGCAUCCUGCUGCGCGUUAAACACUAAUCCAGCACCAUCACACCUGUAACAUGAGGAUCCACUUUUAACUACCCUUGAAGACUGCAAACUUCUGUCGCACGACCGUACAGCAUCUGUGUCAAGUAGCUGUUCGUCUACAUUUCCAGUAAGGAUUGUAAACAAGUAUAUCCUCUGAUGUGUACGCAGAGUUCAAACAUGUCAGCUAAAUCCUAUACGCCAUUUAUCUGUGCUUCUACAGCUAUGUAGCACUGCGUACAAAUUUGAGUAUUGUGGACUGUGCAAACAUUUCUACAAGAGAAGUGUUGUGAUUUCCCCAUGGAGAGUCCAAGGAAGUGAAUCCCCCCUUGUUCACAUGCUGGGAAGAGCUUCUCUGAUGAACUGUGUGCUGCAUCCUCACCAUAUGGAGAGACUCUGAACCUGGGAAAAUCUGGAAAAUGUGUUACGUGGUGAUAAUAUGAACACUAACUUAAAGUGAAAAAAAAGCAGUAUACUGUACAUAAUAUCAUGUAAAUAUAAUGGUAAUUUAUUUUCUGCUUUGCUGCAUUUAUGGGAAAUGUUCCCAUAAGUAUGGAAUGAAGUUUUAUUUUUUAUCAAAGGUGUUGAAAUGUAUUGCACUGUAUUUUUCAUUAUUAUUGUGGGAUUGUUUUAUUCUCACAUUCUGAAGUUUCCUUCUCCUGAGAGACUGGGUGUUUUUUAUUUGACAAAGAGCGUUGAAGGAGCGGGGAGUUUUCAAUGGAUUAUUUUACUAUGUUUCUAUUAUUGCUUCCUAUUGUGUUUUUACUUCCCCAUUAGCACGAUCACCCAGUCUUUAAAGUGUUGCACAGCCACAUCCUGAACUACAUGACCAAGCAACAGGGUGGAAUCACAAAGCUUACGUCUGAAUUGAGGCUCAUUUUGUCUUUUGAGAGCAUCGUACUCCGCCCUCAGCACACACAGAGCCCUGGUCACAAACAGACUUCAACUCUGCUUGUAAAAGCUUUGUGAGCACCUUUGUUGCAAUUUGUAUUUUUCCUUUGUGAGACCAGAGCAUGUGUUGAUGUUGCAUUUUUUCAUUCCUGGACUAUUUUACUUACAGCAUUAAGAUGUUUCGUCAGCUUCACUGAUUUUAUGCCUUAUGCAAAUGAUGAUUUAAUCAAUGAUAAAUGUCAUUUACCUGUUGAUUAACACUAGAAGAGCACAGAAUAAAAUGCAUUUAAGUGGC